AUGCGCUAUGGGCUGGUCACAGGCUUCCUGGGACCCAGGAAGAGCUCUCUACCAAGGACUCCCUCACUGCUCACCACGGACACCUCAGGGCCUUUGCUCAAGGCGUCCCCUCUGCCGAGCAGGAUCUUACUCAUCCCUGGGAGCGCAGGCGCAGGCGCAGGCGCGGGGGUGGAGCGCGAAGGCCAUGUGACCGGGGCGCGCAGGGCGGCGGGGGCGGGGCCGCUGGGGGCGGGGCCAGAGACGUGGGGAUUGCGCACACCUGUCGCUGUGCCCCGGCCAAAGGGGUCAGAUCCUUCCUGGCCACUGCUGUCUGCCCCACAGCUGGGUCUAGAAGGUGCCUUACAGAGGGCAGGAGAAGGCACUAGAAGGACGGGACCCAUAAAGAAGGAGAAAGAACUUUCCUUUGAUGUGAAGAUUGCCUCUUCUGGUGUUGUGGAAAGUUCUGUCUGCCCUCGAAGCUCAGGGGAUCAAAUGAAAGAACCCUGGACGAAACUGCCACCCAGGGCCCUGCCCGAGACCGGCCAGGCCUCGGGCUGGAGAGAGGCCAGCGCAAGCCCGUCCUGCUACGCCUGGGCCCAGAACUGUCCUCUAAACCAUGGGCCUGGCCUGAAGCGUUUCACUUCGGAAACCUUUCGUCCGAAGCCAACCGUGAGCAUCUCACCUGUGAAUGUUGGUUGGCAAAUCCUAACGUUCACGUAACCACAUCAGAACCAGACCUGUGUUCGUGUGGCUUUGUUCCCGAUGCGCACGCGAACCCGGCUCAUAUGAUGCUCGGGUUCUGCCUCCUACAGGAAUAAAGCAAACUAAAACAUC